GAGGCGAUGACGGGCGCGCGGCCGUGCGCCGCGGAGGAGCGCAGGUCCCGGGAGCGCGGCAGCUGCGGAGGAGCGGCGGCUGAGGCGGCGGCGGGCGGCAUGGACGGGGCGCGGGGCGCUGGCCGGGCGCUGGCCGCGCUGCUUCUGGCCGCGUCGGUGCUGAGCGCCGCGCUGCUGGCCCCCGGAGGCUCCCCGGAGCACGGUGCCGAGGUCGCCCCGCCGCGAGCAGACUUAGAUAAAAAAAGGCAUGUAGAGCUGAAGAUGGACCAGGCGUUGCUGCUCAUCCAUAACGAACUACAUGGAACAAACCUGACUGUCUACUGGAAUUCUGAACGCUGUUAUCAUUGCUCAUUUCAGGUUCUAGUAAAUGUUUCCUGGAGUGGAAAACCUGGGAAGCCUAGCACUGCGGCGGUUGCUGUGAGCACCCAGCAUGGAUCUAUCCUGCAACUUAAUGACACUGUGGAAGAGAAGGAAGUUUGUAGGCUGGAAUAUAAAUUUGGAGAAUUUGGAAACUAUUCACUCUUGGUAAAGCACGUCCAUAAUGGAGUCAAUGAAAUUGCUUGUGACGUAGUUGUCAAUAAGAAUCCAAUUGACAGUAACCUUCCUGUGUGUGUCGCUUUCCUUAUUGGUGUGGCAAUCAUCAUUGCAGUCUCAUUUCUCAGGUUUUUACUGAGUUUGGAUGACUUUCAUAAUUGGAUUUCUAAAGCAAUAAAUUCACGGGAAACUGAUCGCCUGAUCAAUUCUGAGCUGGGGUCUCCAAGCAGGGCAGACUCACUCGGUGGCGAUACUCAACCAGGAGGAUGGUGUCCACCUGCCUCACCUCCGCGCCUCCGCUGUGUAGACACAUUCAGGGGGAUAGCUCUCAUCCUUAUGGUCUUCGUUAAUUAUGGAGGAGGAAAAUAUUGGUACUUCAAACACUCAAGUUGGAAUGGACUGACGGUGGCCGACCUCGUAUUCCCAUGGUUUGUAUUUAUUAUGGGAUCUUCGAUUUUUCUGUCAAUGACUUCCAUAUUGCAGCGAGGAUGUUCAAAACUCAAAUUGAUGGGGAAAAUUGGAUGGAGGAGUUUCUUGUUAAUCUGUAUAGGAAUGUUCAUUGUGAACCCCAAUUACUGCCUUGGUCCAUUGUCUUGGGAUAAGGUGCGAAUCCCUGGUGUGCUCCAGCGGCUGGGGGUGACCUACUUUGUGGUUGCCGUGUUAGAGCUCAUCUUUGCCAAACCUGUGCCUGAAAGCUGUGCCUCGGAGAGAAGCUGCUUUUCCCUUCGAGACAUCAUCUUCAGCUGGCCCCAGUGGCUCUUCAUUCUGAUGCUGGAAAGCAUUUGGCUGGGCUUGACAUUCUUCUUGCCUGUUCCUGGAUGUCCUACUGGUUAUCUUGGACCUGGUGGCAUUGGAGAUUUGGGGAAGUAUCCAAAUUGUACUGGAGGAGCUGCUGGCUACAUUGACCGCUUGCUUCUGGGCGAUGACCAUAUUUACCAGCAUCCUUCUUCGGCCGUGCUUUAUCACACCGAGGUGGCCUACGAUCCAGAGGGAAUCUUAGGGACCAUCAACUCCAUUGUGAUGGCAUUUUUAGGAGUUCAGGCAGGAAAAAUACUCUUGUAUUACAAGGACCAGACCAAAGACAUACUGAUCAGAUUCACUGCCUGGUGUUGUUUUCUAGGGCUUAUUUCUAUUGCUUUGACGAAAAUUUCUGAAAAUGAAGGCUUUAUUCCAAUAAACAAAAAUCUGUGGUCCAUUUCCUAUGUCACCACACUGAGCUCCUUUGCCUUCUUCAUCCUGCUUAUCCUGUACCCUAUUGUGGACGUGAAGGGACUGUGGACAGGGACCCCGUUCUUCUACCCAGGAAUGAAUUCUAUUCUGGUGUACGUUGGCCACGAGGUGUUUGAGAACUACUUCCCCUUCCAGUGGAAGCUGGGGGACAACCAGUCGCACAAAGAGCAUCUAACUCAGAACAUAGUCGCCUCUGCACUUUGGGUGCUCAUUGCCUACAUUCUCUAUAAAAAGAAGGUUUUUUGGAAAAUCUGACAGCUCCCACCCAGAUGUGUUGCUGGCAGACUCUAGUGGGCCUGGGGGAUGUGUUGAAGCAGCCUUUAUUAGAGGGAACCAUUAAUUAAAAAUCGAUAGGAUGUGUGUUUCCACAUGAUGGGGAAGAACCCGAUGUACUCUGGCUGGUUUACUGUGACACAGCUAUUCAUCAGAACCCUGCCUGGAUAUUUGGGACUUCUGUAUUUGCAAUGGAGUUGUCUUUUUUUCUCCAUCUUCUAUGUAAAUGUAUUUAGAACCUCAUUCUGAGGAUUUCUCAUAUAACUUUCCAACAGGGAAUUACCGUGGGCAUUUUGCGUCUGUGACGGAUAAAACAACGUAAAGUCUAA